GAUUGUUCAGUCACCCAAUUCAAUGGGGGAUGGUAGAGAUGAUGUUAUUGGAAAGAAUGAAGACUCUGAUUCUGGUGACAAUUUCUCUUCCAUUAGCUUGGCUAGCCAAGAUCAAGAAUCCUCCUCUCCUACAGAUGAUGAUUCCCAACAUUUUCAAGAAUCUGAUUUCGAGUUUGGUUGUGUUCCACCAAGCUCUCCUACUAAUGACCUCAAUAAGAGCUCACCAGCUGAUGUUUUGUUCUUCAAUGGUCGUCUUCUACCUCAUGCAUUCCCAUCUGAAUCAUCAGUUAAGAAUAAUAUUGGAAGGAUUAAUGGCCAUCGUUCUCAUGUCAGUAGCCGCACCAGUAGUAUCAGUAGUAGCAAGGAUUCAUUACUAUCAUCUCGAAGCAACAGCAGGAGCAGCAGUUGCAGUAGUACUGGAAGAACAAGCUCUUGUGAGAACAUUGAGAAGAGAUUGUUGGGUAGUUCAGAACAACCUUCAGAUGAUCAAAUUGCCACAAGAAGGGUUCCAAUUACAAGAAACCAGAUGAGUAAUAGAUCGAUUAGGCUACAAUCUCAGGUGUCUAAUCAAAGGUGGCAGUUCAUAGCUCCGGCACCAAUCUUAACACCCACUACUUCAAUUCCGCCGCGACGAAAAAGAGGUGAGAUUCUGGUGCCAGAAGAGUUGAGAUCCAAGAAACAGGUGAAGAACAAUAAGAACAAAAGGAGCUCAACAUGGUUUGUUCCAAGAUUCUUCAGGUCUUUUAUGUCCACCUGCAGAGCAUGUCAUGCCCUUGAGCCAUCCAAGAGAGGAGCAAAUCUGAGUUGAGAUGAAUUUUUUUUUUUUAAUUACAUUAAUAUUACACAGCUAUAUAUGGAGGAAUUUUGAUUAUUUUUCCAUGAAUUGUAUUGAUUUGGUUUUUUAAUGAUCUUGGGUUCUUAUUACAGUAACCAAUAAGUGAUGUUUCGCAAUGAGAAUUUAGAUAUUGA